UCCGGUGACGUCAGCGCGCGCCGCCAUAUUGGGAAGCGCCGCCGCCGCCGCCGCCUCCGCUGCCUCGGCUCGAGAUCCUGGGCUGCGUGGGGCCACGGGCGCGGGCGGAAGGCACCCCUGUGUACCCCGCCGACUCCCCGGCCCGCCGGCUUCGCCCAGACCCGGCUCCUCAUGCCUGCCUUCGGCCCCGCAGCCCACGGACAUCGCCCCAGCGCCGAGAAUUAACACGGAAGCUCCCGGGGCCGGGGCGGUGAGGACGAGCCGGCCGGUCCCGCGUCCCUGUCGGUCCGGUGGGGCGCUUCGGCCGGAGCCAUGACCUCGCUGACCCAGCGGAGCUCGGGCCUGGUGCAGCGGCGCACCGAGGCCUCCCGGAACGCUGCGGACAAGGAGCGGGCGGCGGGCGGCGGCGGCGGCAGCGGCGAGGACGAGGCGCAGAGCCGCCGCGACGAGCAGGACGACGACGACAAGGGCGACUCCAAGGAAACGCGGCUGACCCUGAUGGAGGAGGUGCUCCUGCUGGGCCUCAAGGACCGAGAGGGUUACACAUCAUUUUGGAAUGACUGUAUAUCAUCUGGAUUGCGUGGCUGUAUGUUAAUUGAAUUAGCCUUGAGAGGAAGGUUACAACUAGAGGCUUGUGGGAUGAGAAGAAAAAGUCUUUUAACAAGAAAGGUAAUCUGUAAAUCGGAUGCUCCAACAGGGGAUGUUCUUCUUGACGAAGCUCUAAAGCAUGUUAAGGAGACGCAGCCUCCAGAGACGGUCCAAAACUGGAUUGAGUUACUUAGUGGUGAGACGUGGAAUCCGUUAAAAUUGCACUAUCAGUUAAGAAAUGUACGGGAACGAUUAGCUAAGAACCUGGUAGAAAAGGGUGUACUGACGACAGAGAAACAGAACUUCCUCCUGUUUGACAUGACGACACAUCCUCUCACCAAUAACAACAUUAAGCAGCGCCUCAUCAAGAAGGUACAAGAAGCUGUUCUUGACAAAUGGGUAAAUGACCCUCACCGAAUGGACAAGCGCUUGCUGGCCCUCAUUUACCUAGCCCAUGCCUCGGAUGUUUUGGAGAAUGCCUUUGCUCCUCUUCUGGACGAGCAGUAUGAUUUAGCCACCAAGAGAGUACGGCAGCUUCUCGAUUUAGACCCAGAAGUGGAAUGUCUGAAGGCCAAUACCAAUGAAGUUUUAUGGGCCGUGGUAGCUGCGUUUACCAAGUAACUGUCAGAAUGGAAUGUUUCCUUUUUCUCAUGUGAACCAGUAGUUUUUCUUCUAUUGACUUCUGGUUUUCUGUAGUUUGUACUUUCCCACACUAAUAAUUGGCUUUUGUUCUACAAAAUGGUGGGUGGCGAUUUCUUUUUGUGUGUACGCAGGAUUCUGCUGGUACGAGAGGCCUUCCUCUUUCUGUUCGUAACCAACCUUACUGCCAUAUUGGCACUCCAUUCCCUCUGCCAUUCUCACUGUUACCUUUGGGGUUUCUGGUGAACUUGGACUCCAGAGUCCCUCCAGUCACCUCAUGCACAGCUUUGGAUUACCUCAGCUUGAGUUGCCCCACACGUGCACAUUCACCUGGCAUUCUGCCUACGAUUCAGACAAGUCACAACAAGGCCUUCAACUCACCAAAGGUAAAUAUCUGUAUCUAUUAGGACAUUUUCUACAUAGACCUCAGUUGAGAUGUAUACUUAGCAAAAUUAUUUUUCAAUUGAAACAGCACAGUAAAUAGGUAAUAUAAAAUGCCCCUGGAUUUUGCUUCCUGUGUAAAUCUGUUCUAAUUUUAGCUAUAAAUCAUAAAGGUCCAGUUGUUUCACAGAUCCAGUUGGAGAUGGGCUGCAUUCCAUUUAUGCUGUAUAUAGUUGGAAUUAUAUAUGAAUCGCCCCUUCUUCUGGCCACCUCUGCCUCGUCUUAGUACUUUGCAAAAUUGAAUUAGUUGUGCACCUGGUGCCCCUCACUUGCUUCAGUCAUUGUUAUUUGAUGGCACAGUGGACCUCUCAUCCUUGAGGAGAGGAAGGUGUGUGGUCGUUCAGGGCUCUUCGGAGUGGUGCCCCUUGUGAUACUGUGCCUGUACAUCUCUUUUGGGACUUUUUUUUUUUAAAACUCUCCCUGUUUUUUUGAUUUCUGUAGGAAAGAGGCUUGUGACCAGUACUAAUCUUGAGUACUUGUUUUUUCCUAUCUUCAAGUAAAUUAAUGUCUGCUCCAAAAAUAUCAUUUAUCUGCUCAUCUUUCUUGAGGAGAAGAAAAUCAGAUAUCAGUCCUAGCAGAUGGUGCAUGUAAAUUGGUAGCAAGUAACGACUGCAACUCAGAUGAUUAAGAAUUUUGUAAGAAAGCUCUGCUAUGUUUUAAUUUUAUAUACAAUUAUGACAAUUAGCACAUUGUAAGACUACAAACCUCUGCUUUUUAAUGUUGAUUUUAUUCUUUAUCACUGUUUAUGUACCAUUGGUUUCAUAAUGUAAAUACUAUACAUUGAACAAAUUAAAUGUCAAAUUUUUUAUUACCAUAGUUCAUGUUAAUAGUGGGGCUUUCAGGUGUCUAGAAACUUUUGGUUAACAUUUGAUGCAAAAAUACUAGAUGCGUAUAACUUUAGAGUUGAAUUUUAAGGGACUUCCUAAUAUGUAUACUAUCUUUUUAUCUGAAGUAAUAAAUAAACUAUGAUCUUGAAAGUGCCUGAAUCAGA